AUGUCAAAGGAGAAAAUCUAUUCCUCAGAAGCCACCAGGUCUGCUGGUGGAAUAGGCCAGUCCUUGCCUAUUCCACCAGCUGCCGCUCCUUUCCAUCGCAUCGGAAUCGACCUGCUAGGACGAUUUCCAAAAUCUGGCGACGGCAACAAAUGGAUUGUAUUAUGCACCGAUUAUUUGACACGGUACGCAGUCACCAGAGCUUUACCGACGGCGGAAGCUACACAAAUAGCCGAAUUCCUACUAGAGGACAUAAUCCUGAAGCAUGGAGCUCCACGAGUUAUCAUUACAGACCGUGGUCAAGUAUUCCAGUCCAAGCUGGUGUCCGAUAUUAAUCGACUGUGCAAUAUCAUUCAUCGAAUGACUACAGCCUAUCAUCCGCAAACAAUUGGAAAACUAACAGAUCCAAGUUGGUACUUUCUUUUAUUUCUUGUAAAGAUGGAAAGUAUCAAUAUGAUUCAAGAGUGCCAUCAUCAGACACAUAUGUGA